AUGACCGUUUUACCACAUCGAGCGUUUUAUAACGCAUCUAGGAAUAUAAAGAGUAAUAGUAAUAACAAUUCAAUAAAGUUAAAUAGUUUGUUGAAUUUGAACUCUAACAUAUACAACAACAACUGCAAUCACGAUGAAAACCAAGUUACAGCUACUAGUUUACACCCACAGCAGUCUAUAUCCACAGUCAGCUUACACUCUCUAAAACAACCUCCUAUACACUUCAAUAGCAACCCUUACAAUAAGCAGCUCUCUCUAAAGAAUUACAAGCUAUCAUCAGCCAACUUGCGCUUCUGCUGCUUUGGUAACCUACUGACUUCAAAAGAUAAUCCAUCAGCCUUCAUAGCUAGCGUUAUUUUAAUUUUAGGUCUACCCGCGAUCUUUUUCGGACGUGUAGCCGUCGACUUAUGGUUCACUUUAUCUCCAGCAGUAGCCAUAAUAGCUGCAUAUCUCACUUUAUUGGUUUGGUCUUCAAUGAUCAAAACCGCCUUUUCAGAUCCUGGUAUUCUACCAGUCAAUAUCGACCGAAAUUCAUUAGAUACAUUACCAAAGGAUGUUACAAUUAGAGAUGGUUUAGUCAGAGUCAAGUAUUGCGAUAUUUGUCAACUUGUAAGACCUCCAAGAGCAAGUCAUUGUAGGUUGUGCAACAGCUGCAUUGAUGGCAUUGACCACCAUUGUUCUUUUUUGAAUAUCUGUAUUGGUAGAAGGAACUACCCUUCGUUUUUGGUAUUCUGUUUAGUUACAACUGUUACUCUCAUUUAUUACGCGGUAUUUGCUGCUAUACACAUCUGGCAGUUGACUAAGAAUACGAGAGUAUCAGAUGAUCAAUCGUUUAAACAAUCACUACAACAAGAUCCUGCAUCCGCUGUCAUCUUUUUGUUGUCAAUCAUCUUAUUGAUUCCAAUCUCGCUACUCUUAGCCUACCACACUAGACUCGUUAUUAUAAAUAGCACAACUAUAGAGCAACUCCGCUCAAAGGCUUUAUCAAAAGCCCAAAAAUCAGAUACUGAAAACAGUCAGAACCCAUUCACAACCGAUUUAAAUGGUUCGAAUAGGUCAAACUUCAAUCCAUUCUCACAUAAAUCAUACAUAUCAAACAUUCUUUGGAUGGUAUUCAGGCCUGGUUCGAAUUACUCAUAUGUCAACUUCAAUAAACACGCUUAUACAGAUUCAAGGAAGCCGAAUAGUGAGGCUAAUUAAUAGUUUUAAUAUUUUAUAGAUAACUACAAUGUACUUUUAAU